AAGAUGAAAUUUCAGCGAAAUUGUUGGCGGACACAUUAUCUGAUGUUCCUGACAACGCUGAUAGUGACAGUGAAAAUGACAGUGACUCUUCUAUUAUUGGAAAUUGGCAAAACAAAAUUGUGUAUCCUUUACCGAGUUACAGUGACAGUGAACAAAGCGCGAACGAAAAAAUUCCUUAUAGAAAACAAAUGGGGUUGAAGAAACAUGAAUGCAGUUUAAUUUACUCUGUGUUGAAAUUUUCAUUUAAUAUGUUACAAUCAUUUAUUCUUGGCAAUACUUUGUGUCUGUGUUUAGAUGAUUACAUCGCCAUUGGAGCUGACGAGGAAGAAUUAGGAUCUCAGAUUGAGGAAGCUAUAUAUCAAGAAAUAAGGAAUACAGACAUGAAAUACAAAAAUAGAGUACGAAGUAGAAUAUCAAAUCUUAAGGAUGCAAAGAAUCCAAAUUUAAGGAAAAAUGUACUGUGUGGGAAUAUUCCUCCUGACUUAUUUGCUAGAAUGACGGCAGAGGAAAUGGCUAGUGAUGAGCUCAAAGAGAUGCGGAAAAACUUGACAAAAGAAGCUAUCAGAGAACAUCAGAUGGCCAAGACAGGUGGAACCCAGACUGACUUAUUCACGUGUGGCAAAUGUAAAAAGAAGAACUGUACUUACACACAGGUACAAACUCGUAGUGCUGAUGAACCGAUGACAACAUUUGUUGUCUGUAAUGAAUGUGGAAAUCGAUGGAAGUCCUGUUGA